UGUUACGUCAUCCCAAAGCGACAAAAGCAUGGUGGGGGUAGGGUUGUGAUUGUACCUCGGUGGUGUUAGGGGCCUCUUGCGAAGGUGUCAUGGCUGCUACCACGGAUCCUAGUCACCCCAACAGCAGUGACAAGAGUCUAGAGCGAAGCUGCAGCCCCAACCUCUCCCGAGAGGUCCUGUGCGAAAUCUUUCGCUCCCUGCACACCUUGUCUGGACAGCUUAACCUCAGAGAUGAUGUGGUGAAAAUUACAAUCGAUUGGGACAAGCUCCAGAGCCUCUCGGCAUUCCAGCCUGCAUUGCUCUUUAGAGCACUUGAACAACACAUUUUACAUUUACAGCCUUUUUUAGCAAAACUUCAGCCUGUGAUUAAAGAGGAGAAUUCAGCUACCAUUGAAGAGAUAGGAAAAACAGAAGCAGGGAACCAGAAUGAACUAAAUGCCAAAUUUCCCACUGGUGACCAACAAGAAGAAGAAAAGCACAAAGAUGGUGAUUUAGGUGAUGUGAAAAAGACACAAAUCCAUUUUGAUCCAGAAGUAGUUCAAAUAAAGGCUGGAAAAGCAGAAAUUGACAGAAGAAUAUCUGCAUUUAUCGAAAGAAAGCAAGCUGAAAUCAAUGAAAACAACGUCAGGGAAUUUUGUAAUGUUAUUGAUUGUAAUCAAGAAAAUAGUUGUGCAAGAACUGAUGCCAUUUUUACCCCUUACCCUGGAUUUAAAAGUCAUGUAAAAGUUUCUAGAGUUGUAAAUACGUAUGGACCACAAACUAGACCUGAAGGAAUUCAGGGAUCAGGUCAUAAAUCUAACAGCAUGCAUCGAGAUUGUGGCAAUCAGGCUGUAGAAGAACGACUACAGAAUAUUGAAGCUCACUUGCGAUUGCAGUCAGGUGGUCCAGUGCCAAGAGACAUUUAUCAGAGAAUUAAAAAACUUGAAGAUAAAAUCCUUGAAUUGGAAGGCAUGUCUCCUGAAUAUUUUCAGUCUGUGAACUUUCCUGGAAAAAGAAGAAAAGUUCAGCCACCACAGCAGAACUAUUCACUGGCUGAACUUGAUGAGAAAAUUAGUGCCCUCAAACAAGCCCUGCUCAGAAAAUCAAGAGAAGCAGAAUCUACGGCAAUUCACUACUUUCCGUUAAAAAUGCCUCUCAUUCUUGUCAUUUUACUUUUUUAUAUAAAUAUGUGUAACUGA